AUGUUUCCUUCGAACCCUUUUCCCUUCGACAGCAACCUAAGCUCCACGCAACAUAACUUUCCUGCUCCUCCUGCUCCUCUUCCUUUCUCCUUUCUUCACUUCCCUCCGCCUUCCUUUGAAGACAACGAAAUCUUCCUCCCUCAACAACCAAACCAUCAUCAUGACCACCUCUUGCUUCAUCAUCAAUCACAACCUCCAGCUGAAUCAGGUAGUGCCAGCAUGGAGGUUUCGAACAAGAAUGAGCAGAUCCCGGUAAGGAAUAAGAGGAUUUGCAAGAGAGAUAGGCACAGCAAGAUCAAGACGGCUAGAGGGCUAAGAGAUCGGAGAAUGAGACUUUCUCUGGAAGUAGCCAAGAGAUUCUUUGGUCUCCAAGACAUCCUAGGCUUUGACAAGGCCAGCAAAACCGUUGAGUGGCUGCUGAAUCAGUCAAAGGACGAGAUCAAACAGCUAGCAAUGGACAAGAAUUACAAUAAUUGCUGUGGGAAUGGUGGGGUGAAGAGUGCUUCUUCAACUUCAGAGUGUGAAGGGGUGUCAGGUUUGGACGAGGUGGCGUUAAGCGGGAUGAAUCAAGAGCAAGAGGGAGAACGUUCCCUACUGGUAAAGAGACGGACAAAAAAUGCAAGAAAGAGUGCACUAUUGGAUCCUCUAGUUGCAAGGGAGUCAAGGGAAAAGGCUAGAGAGAGGGCAAGAGAGAGGACCAAACAGAAGCAGAAGAUGAAGAUGAAAAGUCGCAAAUCAUUGCCAGCAGCUGAUGACACAACCAACAAUAAUGGUAACCUC